UUUAAUUAUUUGGUCCUCCUCGGCCUGCCCCCCUCCUAAAUCCUACUUUUUAAAGUGAUGACUAUCAGAAGCUGAAGACUGAAGCUGAUAAAUCUUUUCUCAAAUCACAAUUUGAUCCUCGAGUCGUCGUCCUUUCUUCCCCUAAACCUCACUAAUGGCGACUGAUCUCGAAAAGAAAGCCAAAGAGGCCUUCGUUGACGAUAAUUUCGAACUCGCUGUUGAUCUCUACACCCAGGCUAUAGAUAUAGACCCUAACAGCGCAGAUCUCUACGCUGACCGUGCACAAGCCAAUAUCAAGCUCAAGAGCUACACUGAGGCUGUUGCAGAUGCAAACAAAGCAAUUGAGCUGGAUCCUUCUAUAACUAAGGCAUACCUACGCAAAGGUACUGCAUGUAUUAGACUUGAGGAAUACCAGACUGCAAAGGCAGCCCUUGAAGCAGGUAUUGCUUUGUCACCAGGAGAUUCAAGAUUUACCAAUUUGAUCAAGGAAUGUGAUGAGCUUAUUGCAGAGGAGACUGGUCUUCUACCAAAACAAUCAACACAAAGUGUGUCGCAAAGUGCUUCUCCUGUCGUAUCUGCAGAAACAGUAAAAGGUGUUACACCAAAACAGGAUAAUUCCCAUGAACCAGCAGUGAUCGCACCAGCCAAACCAAAGUACAGGCAUGAAUACUACCAAAAGCCAGAAGAAGUAGUUGUGACCAUAUUUGCAAAGGGAACACCAGCCAAAAAUGUGGAUGUUGAUUUUGGUGAACAGAUAUUAAGUAUUACCAUUUCUAAGCCUGGGGAAGAUGCAUUUCAUUUUCAGCCUCGCUUGUUUGCAAAGAUAAUACCUGAGAAGUGCAGAUAUGAAGUAAUGUCUAACAAAAUCGAAAUCCACCUCGCAAAAGCUCAGGCAAUCAACUGGACGUCAUUGGAAUUUACCAAGGAAAAUACAGUUCUACAGAAGGUCAAUGUGUCAUCAAGUGUUGGAAGGCCUAUAUACCCAUCAUCAAAAGUGAAAGCUGUUGAUUGGGAUAAAUUGGAAGCCCAAGUGAAGGAGGAGGAAAAAGAAGAAAAGCUUGAUGGAGAUGCGGCUUUGAACAAACUAUUCCGAGACAUAUACCAAGAUGCUGAUGAGGACACAAGGCGGGCCAUGAGAAAAUCUUUUGUGGAAUCAAAUGGGACUGUUCUAUCUACAAAUUGGAAAGAAGUGGGUUCCAAGAAAGUAGAGAGCACCCCACCAGAUGGCAUGGAAUUGAAGAAAUGGGAGUACUAAUGUUUUCAUUGGUUUGGUGCAACUGUAAUUGUAAUUUUAUUAUCUUCCUGAGUGACCAUUUGCGUUUCUGGAGGUAAUUCUUUCGGUGUUAACUGUUGCUACGACUGUCAUAUAAUUAAUCCUAUUUUUCUUGGUCACUAAUGUAGUCUGUGGAACAAUAUUAUGUUAAGAUCUAGCGAUCCUACGAAAAAAAAUGAUCUAGUUAUCCAA